AGAAAAUAAAAGACCUACCUCUUCACGCCGGGAAAAGGAUGAAGAGCCUUUGUUUCAGCUCCAGAACGUCGUCUUUUUCUAUUUCUCGUCAAUCCAUAUCACCUUCAAGAUCUUCGCUGUCCAGUACUCCUCGCCAUAGAUCCAUGAUCGAGACCACCAUCGACGCCGCCGCAACAAUCAUCAUGAAAUGGGAUGCCGAAACGUCGGCUUACGCUGGAGUUACUUCUCUUUUCUACGAAAGCAAAAGAGAAGCCAUGCAGUACAUCAAAUCCGUCAACGAGCUACAAGAGAUCAUGCAUAUUCUUGUUUCUCAUCAAGAUUCCGAUCCGGAAAAGCUCACUCAAGCUCAACACUUGAUGCAAAUCGCAAUGAAACGGCUUCAAAAAGAGUUUUACCAGAUUUUAUCGAUGAAUCGGGCUGAUUUGGAUCCGGAAUCAAUUUCCACACGGUCAUCACGGACUUCAACGAGAACUAGCACGUCGGAUUAUGAUGAUGACGGUUCACCGGACGAUGAGAUUCGCACAAUAGGGGAUUCCAUCUCUGAAGUUGAAGAUGUUUCUUCUAUGGCUAUGUCCGAUCUGAAAUUGAUAGCAGAAUGUAUGAUCGCUUCCGGUUACACUAAAGAAUGCGUAAAGAUUUACAAAACUAUUCGAAAAUCGAUUAUCGAUGAAGGAAUUUAUAAGUUGGGAAUCGAGAAAUUAAGCUCGUCUCAGGUUAAUAAAAUGGAGUGGGAUGUACUGGAUUUGAAAAUCAAGAACUGGUUACAAGCCGAGAAGAUUUCAAUGAGGACGCUUUUCAGUGGAGAAAGAAUCCUCUGCGAUCACGUCUUUGCUACGUCGGAUUCCAUCAAGGAAUCUUGUUUCGCCGAGAUUUCAAAAGAAGGAGCCACGCUUCUGUUUGGAUUCCCGGAAAUCGUCGCCAAGACCAGAAAAUCGCCGAUGGAGAAAACGUUCCGUGUUCUCGCUAUGUACACGGCUAUCUCAGAGGACUGGCAAGAGAUUGAAACGAUCUUCGCUUUUCAAUCAGCUUCAGCAGUCCGAUUACAAGCUCUGAACUCGCUGGUUCGACUCAGUGAGUCGUUGCUUUCGUUGUUGACUGAUUUGGAGUCCACAAUCCAAAAGGACUCGUCCAAAACGAUGGUUCCAGGCGGCGGUCUGCAUUAUUUAACGAUGAACACGAUGAAUUACCUCACUCUCCUGGCCGAUUACGGUAACAUCCUUACUGACAUUAUCUCGGACUGGCCACCGCCAGCAAGAUCAUCCGUACCGGAAUCUUUCUUCAACAGUCUGGCUUCCGACGAUUCACCGGCGCCUGCAAUCUCCGUCCGCAUUACGUGGCUAAUCCUCGUCCUACUCUGCAAACUCGACGGUAAAUCAAAGCAUUACAAAGACGUCUCGCUAUCGUACCUAUUUCUAGCCAACAAUCUCCAACACGUACUCUCCAGAGUCCGUACAUCGAAUCUCCUGUACAUACUCGGCGAAGAAUGGAUAGCGAAACACGAAGCUAAGGUGAGGCAGUUCGCCGCCAACUACGAGCGGUUAGCUUGGGGCAAAGUGUUAGACUCAUUGCCAGAGAAUCCAACCGCUCCGAUGAACCCCGGGGAAGCUAAAGAAUGUUUCAGGAAGUUUAAUAUAAGCUUUGAAGAUGCGUACUUUAAGCAGAGUUCUUCCGUCGUGCCGGAUCCGAAACUUCGAGACGAGAUCAAGGUUUCCAUCGGGACGAAGCUCGUCGCAGUGUACAGGGAGUUUCACGAUACUCAUAAAUCAACGGUUGGAGAUGAAAGCAAUGCGAGAUCAAUCGUCAGAUUUUCGCCUGAAGAUGUAGGGAAUUACUUGUCGGAUUUGUUCUUUGUGAAGAUCAGUUCCGAAAGUUCAUCUAUAUCUUCUUCAGCAUCGUCUCAUCAUCGGCGGCAUAUGCGGUCGCCCAUGAGAGUAUAGAGUUUUUCACUUGUGCUUUCCAGAAAAAAGAACAGUA